GAAAAGAGAAAAGGAAUGAUUGCCACAAAUUCGCCAAAAGGGCGUGGAAACCCAUAGCCUCGAAUCGAAACUUCAAUGGGGAAGCCACCGGUCCUCUUCCAAUCGAAGCUGCUCUGUUUCUCCCUGCUCUACCUUUUCACCUCCCUCUUCCUGGCCCUCUACACCUCUCUCUCCCCGACCAAGUGCCUCCUCCGGUCCUCCCCCUUCGACCCCCUCCAGUCCCCUCUCUUCUCCUACCCUCCCUCCUACGGCGAGCACAAGUACGCCCUCCCGACCGCCCGCCCCGCCUGCUCCUCCCCCGUCCUCUUCUCAGAUUAUUCGAAAGCAGUCGAGGAGAUCAGAGAUUUGUGCGCGAAUUCUUCCUGGUCAUCACCAUCGACGUUGCCGCCGCCGCCUCCUCUGAGGUACAAGAAGGGCAGAGAUGAUAACUUUGGCGGGGCGUUCAGUGCCCGAGAGCGGUUUUCUUAUUUCGAUCAUAGCAACGACGGCGUCGAAGUCCCGUGUGGAUUCUUCAAGGAAUUCCCCAUCAGCAUGGACGAUAGGGAGGCCAUGGAGAAAUGCGGCGGAGUAGUCGUGGCCUCCGCCAUAUUCAACGACCACGACAAGAUCCGCCAGCCCAGAGGGCUUGGAUCCCAAACCCUGGCCAGCGUGUGCUUCUUCAUGUUCGUCGACAACGCCACCGCGAGAGUCCUCGAGAACCACAACUUGAUCCUGCGGAACUCGGGAGCGGCGCGCAAGAUAGGGGCGUGGAGGAUCGUGGAAGUCGCGGGCGAGCGCCUGUACGAGAACCCGGCGAUGAACGGGGUGAUCCCGAAGCACCUGGUGCACAGGCUGUUCCCGAACUCGAAAUUCAGCGUGUGGAUCGACGCGAAGCUGCAGAUGGUGGUCGAUCCGGUCCUGCUGGUCCACUCGCUGCUCGUGCGGGAGGGUACGGACAUGGCGGUGUCGAGGCAUCCGUACUACGUGCACACCAUGGAAGAGGCGAUGGCCACCGCGAGGUGGCAGAAGUGGCGGGACGUGGAUUCGCUGAAGAAGCAAAUGGAGACCUACUGCGAGAAUGGGCUUCAGCCAUGGUCGCACAACAAGCUUCCAUAUUCUUCAGAUGUGCCGGACAGCGCCCUAAUUUUGAGGCGGCACACUCCAACCACCAACCUCUUCUCGUGCCUCUUGUUUAACGAGCUAGAUGCAUUCAAUCCGAGGGAUCAAUUGGCCUUUGCGUACGUGAGGGACCUCAUGAGCCCGAAGCCCAAGCUCAACAUGUUCGAUGUGGAAGUGUUCGAGCAAGUCGUGCUGGAGUACAGGCACAACCUGAAGCGUGGCGGGGCUGCCUCGUCUGCGGGCGGGGCCGGGGGGAUGCGGAGGACAAAAAGGGCGGGCUCUCCAGAGUUGUCCGGGAACGGCAGUUUUGGCGGCGGUUGCCAGAAGUAUUUGGAGGAGAUGUGGGGGUGAAUCCCACAGUUGAAUCUCCCAACUGAUGCAUUGGAAAACAAACAAAAGGGAAACUGCCCAACCGCAUUUCACAGGCGAAAAGCUGCCAGGAGAUCACAGGUUGUCAGGCACAUUACCGCUCAUGCUCCUCUUUUUCUGUCCAUAUUAAUUGCCGGGCUGGAAAGUCUGCGAACAGGAACGGUGACGCGCCACGUGUCGCAAAUGGCAGCAACUCUUUUUGUUUUUGUCUUGCAGAGUGGGGCCAAAUUGGGUUUACAUAGAAAAAGAACAAACAAGCGAUGAAGGGGAAAAAAGGAAAAAGGGGACGAAAAAGAGAGCGAUGCUGUUUGAUUUAGAUGGGUAUGAAAAUUUUAUGCCGUUUGCUGGCUAAAUUCAAGUUUAUAUCAAGACCACGUGGUGUCGUAAAUAUGGUUAUGAAAUUCGAUGUAAAAAUUCCCUUAAUUUAAGAAAUAAGAUUCAAUUAAUUUGAUUUGAGCCA